CAAUUCUUCGACGUCGAUAAAUCAGUGAUCACUCCUGAAUUUACAAUUGUACAUAUAUAGCGCAUAGCUACCUACAUUUCCACAGUCGCAAGAGAGUAUCACUACGAUUGCGAUGGCGACGAGACGAUUAACCACCGCCGCCUUGCGCGGGGCAGGCGAAAGAGCUGUAGCCUCAACCGCUCCUCGCUCACACGUUCUGCGAUCUUCGUUCAGCACAGCUUCUCCCUCCCUACGAUGCCUAGUAUCCCCAGCGCGCCCACGAUCUCUGCGCAGUAUUGCCCCUAGACGCGCCCAGUACUCGACGGACAUGCCGCAGAGCCGAUUCUGGACAUUCGAGCAGAUCAACGUCGCCCGCGCAACCACCGAAGCCGCCGCCACACCCAGCGCCGCGCCACGCGUAACCCUAAUCGACGUGCGCGAGCCGGACGAGCUGCACAAGACGGGGCGGAUCCCCGGGGCCCUGAACAUCCCGAUGAUGACGCACCCGGACAGCUUCCACAUCUCGGCGGACGACUUCCGGGACCGGUUCGGGUUCGAGCGGCCGGGCGACGACGACCAGGUCGUGUUCUAUUGCAAAGCUGGGGUGCGGAGCCGGGCUGCCGCGGAGAUCGCGAUGAAGGCUGGGUGGAAGAAUGUCGGGGAGUAUCCUGGGAGUUGGUUGGAUUGGUGUAAGAAUGGGGGGGAUGUGCAGAUGGGUAUGAAGGUUCGGAAGGGGGAUAAGGGUGGGGAGGGGAAGGCGUGAGGGGGAUGGGGAAUUAGGAAUGAGGGAUGAUAUGAAGAUGGCAUGAAUAUGAUGUGUAUGAUGGGAUGAGGAGUAUCUUGCCCUUUCUAUUCCCUACCUACCUAUGUAGUUCUCAUUCAAAGAAUGGGAUCGGGGGAUGGGCUAUUCGGGGUCAUCUGUGAAAUACAUACCUGCAUAUUAGAUAGUAGUGGUAAGCUUGAAGAACUAAGCACUCACUGCAUAAGACCUAUCAUAGGACACAAUACUAUCUAGUAAGAGUCUAG